AUGAAUCGCAAGCCUUCAUUAGGCAUCCUUGGGUUGUCAAAGAGUGUCGCAACCCGCUUAACCAACGCCGAUGGACUCAAAUUCGCCAGCGAUGGAGUCGGAAUCAAGAGCAUAAGGGCGACCCGUACCUUCGCACUGCCACCGAAAAAUGAAGUAACAAUCAAUAACGAGAAAGCCAUUGUGGAACAAGGCGGUAGCAACAUAAACACAGCUGUUGUGAAGAGCUCUGUUGCGCCUCCUGUCAACGUGGGAAGGAUCUCAGACGGAAAUACAAGCAGCGCCGUAGCGACCGCCAAAGACGCGCUCAAGAGCAUAUCCAUGCUCUCGCUAUGGUACGCAGGCACGGUGAUGUACAACAUAGAGAAUAAAAAGGCUCUUAACAUGUGCCCGCUGCCAAAGUCGAUAGCGGCUAUGCAGAUGCUCAUCGGUAUACCCUACUUCCUCACCAGAUGGUUGGCAGGCAUAAAGGCUGUACCGUCAAUCUCAAUCUCAAAUGAUGGCGUAGAAAAGGUGGACCCGAAUCAAGGUGUGCUUCAAACAAUAAAGAGCAGGGUUAAAAACGCUCUUGCGCGCGUUAGGAAUACGGUGCAAGCGUACUCGUCGGUUCUUAAGCAGAGCGCUGUAUUUUCCAUGCUGCACCUGCUGUCAGUAACGGCGCUGGGUGCUGGAGCUAUCAGUUUUGUUCACAUCGUGAAGGCCAGCGAACCGCUGUUUGUAUCCGCGAUUUCACUGCUCAGCGGAACAGGAUCAAUGUCGCCAGUCACGUUCCUCACCCUAUUACCGAUUCUGGGUGGCGUCGCCAUGGCAUCGGUCAAGGACGUUAAUUUCAACCCAGUUGCAUUCGCCACUUCCUUGGCGUCGAAUGUAUGUGCCUCUAUUAGGCGCAUAGAGGCGAAGAAAUUCUUCAAGCAGGAUCUGAGCAAGAUCGGAAGUAACCUUGACGCAACGAACGUCUCGUCGUUGGUGACCAUCAUCAGCUCACUGAUUCUCGCUCCACUCGCUUUGUUGGAGGCGCCGCAGUGGGCCAGUAUGUACAAAAGCGUCCUCUACAAAUUCGGCAGCAAGGGACUUCUCCAGCUUGCAAGGCACAUCGCAUUGUCCGGAUUCUUCUACACUCUGUAUAACGAGGUGUCCUUCGUCGCACUAUCGCAGCUUACUCCAGUGAGCCACGCCGUCGCAAACACCCUGAAACGCAUUUUCCUCAUCAUUACAAGCUCCAUCCUCUUCAAAACCAAAAUCACAAACAUGGGCCUGUACGGCUCAGCCACGGCAAUCACCGGAGCUAUGCUAUACUCACUCAGCAAACAUUACAUGGGGUAA